GUCGACAGUCAUCAUGGAAACAAGUGAGCGAAUGUUAAGGUUCACAGGUUCGCGCCACAUUGUUUUCCAUAAGAAUGGGACCUCGGGCAUGUCGUCAAAAUGGAUUAUAUGUGUUAUAAAGUGCCUGCUGAUGAAUACAAGUCUGCAGGAGGUGUUUGUCACUAAUGAGUGUAUGAUUACAGAGUUAUAAAAGGAAACGGGCUGCAGUUGUGUGUGGGUGUUUAUAGAGCAAUAAGAGCGGGCAUGGUGGGAGAAGAGUUAGAACCGCCUUGAAGUGAGGUAAGAUUCAUAUGAUUGAGGGGGAAGCAGGUCGAUAUGGGGAUCUGUUAGGUUUGUUUGUAAAGUCUGCAUGCGUAGAUGCAUGUUUAUACUGAUUUAUGUUGUUGAGAGGGGAUUAUUCUGAGGUUUGGCUAUUGUUAAGAGAUGCAAGAGUGACUUAGAGUUUUAGAUAGCAUUCACAGAGUAUAUUCCAUACAUAGCGAACAGUUAGUGAAUGGCCUUUGUGUAUUUAUAUGUGUGUGUGUUUGCUGGUACAGUAUGUCUCUUAGAGAUCCUCCGUAUGAACCCCCCUCAGUCUCAGAGCUGCAGGAGUUCCUGUUGGCAGACAGACGACCGACUGGACACGUCAAUCAAGUCUGGCCCAACCUUUACAUAGGCAACGAGGUGGCAGCUCGUGACAAGGGCACGCUCCACAGUCUGGGCAUAACUCACAUCGUAAACGCUGCUCAUGGGCCCCCCAACCCCGGCCCCGGUCCGUGUUUCUACGUCAACACUGGCCCACGUUUCUACAGAGACCUGACAGUGGAUUAUUAUGGGGUGGAGGCUGAUGACGCAAUAGAGUUCAUCCUCAGUCCUUUCUUCUAUCCAACGGCUCGAUACAUCAGAGCUGCACUGGCCAUGGGAGGACGGGUGUUUGUCCACUGUCUGAUGGGUGUGAGUCGCUCUGCUACCUUAGUUCUGGCCUUCCUCAUGAUCACCGAGGGCCUGACGUUGAAGGAAGCAGUAGCUGCUGUCAGACCUCACAGAGACAUCUGUCCAAACGCAGGCUUCCUGCAGCAGCUCCGAAGCCUCGACAUGAGUCUGGAGAGGGAGAGGAGGAGACGCCGACAGGCCCAAACACUGUAAACACACUCAGACACACUCAAAAACAUCAACAAAUGCACACACAUACGCACACAGACACACACAUCUUUACUGCUGCAGAGGUCUGCCAGCCCAGCAGGAGGAAACACCAUCUCUGACAGAGCUGAGGCAAAUUCUCUGGACUAACAGGAAACCAGUGGCGCCUUUCGAUCAAGUCUGGCCGAAGCUCUACAUUGGAGAUGUGUCUGUGGCACGAGACAAAGCCACACUCUCAUCUCUGGGUGUAACUCACAUACUGAACGCUGCGGCAGGUCGACAUCGGAUCAACACAGGUCAGCAGUUCUACAGUGAUCUUGAAGUGGAAUAUCAUGGGGUUGAAGCUGCAGAUCAUCCAGAGUUUGACCUCCAACCUUUCUUCAGCUCUGCUGCACAGUUCAUAGACGGAGCUCUGAGGAAAAAUGGGAAGGUGUUUGUUCACUGUGCCAUGGGUGUCAGCCGCUCUGGAGCUCUGGUUUUGGCGUAUCUGAUGAUCUACCACAGCCUGUCGUUAGUGGAGGCCAUCAUAGCCAUGCGUCUAAACCGAGACAUCGGACCAAACUCUGGAUUUCUGGAGCAGCUCCGACAGCUGGAUCUGAGUCUCAGUUCACAGAGCAGACAGAUCACAGAGCAAGACGGCUCUGAAACAUCCUGAUCUCACAUUUGUCCUGAUUCGGACACUUUCUUUAUUUGAAUCAACAUUUUCUCUCAUAAUAAAAAAAACCUGAAAAAAGUUAAAUGCAAUGAAUGAUUCUCAGUAAAUUACCACUUCUCCAGUCACAGUUAAAAAGCUGAUUGCUUCAAAUUUUAUGUUUCCAGAAAUAACUGACAGAUCUUCGCACCUGUCCACACAUUAGUGACAUUCUUAUGAUGACAGUGAUGCAACCUGCUACUCUCACUAAGCUUCUUUUGUUUUCUGGGAAAUCAUUCAUCACAGUUAAGCGUCUUCACCGUAUACA